AUGCCUGUCCUGCAGGCAGAUGGACAUCAGCUGAUUCUGGAAGAGACAUCAGACUGGAACGCUGUAGAGCUGGCGCUCAACGGGGAGACUGUAUUUCGCUGCAACAUGCAUGACCUGGAUUUUGGCGGGGAUGGCGAGUUGGAUCCACUUUGUGAAGAAGCCAGAAAAGCAGUGUUAAAUGUUCACUGAUUUACAGGGACACAAUCCCGUUUUACCUUGGUUUUCUGUCAGACAAUUUACUUGUAUUACAAAGUUAUUAGAAAUGUCAGGA